GUCCCAGCUGAUUAUCAAGUUAAGUUGAGCUGGCUGCUUGGAGAAGGAGGAGUGCCCACGUGUGUUGUUACGUUGUUGCUGCAGGCCGGAGAUUUUAUGCUGCAAUAUUAUAGUAAUUAUCAUUACAGUAGCUGCUCAUCUUCCACGCUGGAUGCGGGUCUGAUCUCAGGGUUUCUGCUGUAGCUUGUGUCCGCCAUAAUUUAUACAGGUGACUCUGCCAACCUGUGUCCUAUUGUGCCAAAUACCAUGGAUGGAGCUGGUGACGGUGGUGGGUCUGGAUCACCAAGCCCAGAGCCAGAGGAAGGUGCUGCUGCUGCCGCCGCCGUGUUCCAUGGCGAUGAAGAGAUCAUAGAAGUGCUUGAGUUAAAUGAUGCAGAACCAGAUCCAGAUGAUCUUGCCAGCGACAUGGAAGAUGUGGAUUUUGCAGAUGAACCUGAAGAUCGAGAAAUGGCAGGGGAUGAGUGGGAGACGGAGGAUGAAGGUGUGGAGGAAGGAGCUGAGCCUCAUGAUGACAGCGAGUUGACUUUCUCUAAACACACAGCCUCUGUAUUCUGUGUCAGCCUGGACCCCAAGGAGAGCAGUCUUGCUGUGACUGGAGGAGAGGAUGACAAAGCCUACGUUUGGAGGAUCAGUGAUGGAGAGACACUCUUUGAAUGCACAGGUCACAAGGACUCUGUUACUUGUGCAGUGUUUAAUUAUGAUUCCACCAUGGUGGCUACUGGGGACAUGAGUGGUCUCAUCAAGGUGUGGAAGGUGGAGGGUGGACAGGAGAUCUGGUCAUUUGAAGUGGGUGACCUAGAGUGGCUAGAGUGGCACCCCUGUGCUCAUGUGUUACUAGCUGGCACUGCAGAUGGCAAUACUUGGAUGUGGAAAGUCCCCAGUGGAGAGUGUAAGACUUUCCAAGGGCCCAACUGCCCAGCGACCUGUGGACAGUUCCUUCCUGAUGGGAAGAAAGCUGUUGUAGGUUACGAAGAUGGAAGUGUGCGGAUAUGGGACCUCAAACAGGGAGCUGUACUUCAUGUCCUGAAAGGAUCAGAUGGACAUGCAGGACCUCUGACAUGCGUGUCCUGUAAUGCUGAUGGAAGUCUGCUUCUCACUGGCUCUGUGGAUUGUGACACAAAAAUGGUGAACACAGUAACUGGAAAGGUGGUUGGGAUCUUCAGGACAGAAAGCAAUGUGUCCAAAGCCUCAAAACGCGAAGAGGGAGAAUCUGAGACAAACUCGGUGGAGUCUCUGGGAUUCUGCAAUGUUAUGCCACUGGUGGCUGUUGGUUACCUAGAUGGGACUUUGGCUGUGUAUGAUGUUUCAUCUCAGACUCUGCGACACCGGUGUCAGCACGAAUCUGGUAUUGUGCAGCUCCUAUGGGAGGACACCUCACCGGUGGUCUACACCUGCAGUUUGGAUGGAGCAGUGAGACUGUGGGACUCUAGAUCGGGGAAAAUGAUCAGCGAAUACUGCGGACACACUGCUGAAAUUCUUGACUUUGCACUGAACAAAGAAGCUUCCAUUGUAGUGACUGCAUCAGGAGAUCACAAGGCAAAAGUGUUCUGUGUGCAGAGGCCUGACCGUUAGACGUGGCUGCCCACUGCCUCCGUCCACUGUACAGAACAAGCUAUCGUGGGAAGCUGGAACUGUUUGGUGUAAUCUUUACUGCGUUAACAUGUGGAUGCCUCUUAUUUCAUACAAAUACUCUCGUAUGUGACUUUACACGUAUGUGGGCUUGCAUGUAUCUGUUCACCCUAUCUUCAUAUUGGUGGGAGUAAGGAAAGAGAGGAGGUUGAUAGCUGAAGAAUAGUUACAUGCCAUGAUUUAAGGGCACCCCUAACUGAGUAGAGAUGAGUCCUUUUGAUUUAAUUAAAGUGGUAACUGUCACAUUUUAUGUGCUGAACCAAUAUGCAGCUUAUCAGUUCACUAGGAACAUAUGUUCUUGACAAGGUGCCUCAUGUCUCAAAGAUGUCACUUGUGUCUAGUGAGUUAAUAGAUUGCAUGCUCAUGAGUUUGCUUCAGCCCACAAAUAGCCUGCCUGUAAUAGGAACAGGAGACAAGUGUACUUUAGAGGACUCCUUCUCAAACAGUGCUAGUGUUGUAUUCUGACCUGCUAGGGGCAAGCACUCCCAUCCCCUCAUCCGGAGUAAUAAAAAUCUCCCGUUCAUUUAUUUUAAAAACAAUUGUUUAUGAACCAGGAAUAAUGUCAGAAAAUGACACUUCUUUUUUUCUUUUUUUGGGGGGUAAUAUAAACGGCUGUUCAUUAUACUGCUAUUGCAACAGCGAGGCACUCAGGAUUUUGUGAUGUUAAAUGGCACCUCUAAAAAAACAGUAGAGUUUACAAUGGACUUGAAUCUGCCAGCAUGACCAAUUACUUUAUAAUCCCAUAGGGAAUUGCUUGCCUUUCAGUGCCAGAGCCAAGAAACUAUGACUGUUCUUUAAGGCACCGAAACAUAGACAUGUACAGUUAAUUAAACCUAAAAUAACCUACAAAAAACACACUUCAGUAACUUUUUGCAGAAACUUAUUUAUGGAAAUCCACGUACUUACUUUCAUACUAAAACUCUGCAUUAUAAAGUGGCUCAGAGAAGCCGUAGAUCAGAUAUUGACAAUUUAUGUCACUUUACCUGUAUUGUGAUGAUAUUUGGCAGAAUCAAAGAGCCACCUGCAGCCUUUGGUAGGUGAAAUAUAAUCUAUGUUGUAAUUAUAAGAAAUAUAUAUUUUUCUAAUUAGAAACCAUUUGCUUCUUUCAUACAUCUUCCUCCUUGUGCUGCAUUUUUUCUAGUCGUAUGUCAGAGAACAUGAGAGAAGCUAUUCCCAGUGAUCUGUCCAGUACAGCCUAUCACGAGUAAUGCAGAAAGCAGGGAAGGACGUACAAAAUAGCCUGUAUCAUUUAAACAACAGAACAAAAGUACAGGUUAUGUUUAAUAAUGCAUAUGUCCUAUUUCAUGUAUUCACCCCUACACACUGGGGACCAGCCUAUCAUUUCACUAGAAACUGGUGACAUCACUCAGGCAGACAGACUGAUAUUUUUGAUCACGCUGCCAAUUAAUGCAUAAUAUGCUCCGAUCAUGCCAUUGGUUCCUUUCAAACCAGUAGACUGCAUUCUCAUUGAUGUCACUGGUUCCCAGUGAACGGAGAGGCUGUAGUCUCAAGCCUACCUACAGUAUGGCUUCCCCUACUGUGACACGAUGGGUAACCGAAGAUAAGUGAUCUCAACAAUUCUAAUGGUAUGUUUUUCUCCUCUCAAGCUAAAACAUUUUUGUUUCCGUGAUGGAACAAAUCUUAGAGUGCCUUAGAGUGCCUACAAGUCCAGCUUGCUGGAGAGGCCUUUAUUAAAACCCCAAUAUCUUGUGUGUGAGGCAGAUACUGACACAGGACUGAGUUAUCCUCUGCAUAUUUAUAAGACUUGUAUUAUGUAGAUUUACAUUUCUUGAUUAAAUUAAGCCUCCGAGUGAGAUGAUGUAGUAGAUUAUUAAAGACAAAGAUUUCUUAACUCAGUCUCUACCAUGUCGUCAUUUUGCAAAUGUCUGCCACUGCGCAGUCAGGGGGUUCUAGAAGUGAGUGGUAAAAGUUUUGAAAGGUAAGACUCGCCAAUCCAAGUAGAGUAUGGCCUGUUUCACUAUUUUUGCAUGAGUGCAAUUUGAUGGUCAGUCACUUGGAGUAUCCAAACACUGUCACUUAGAGUGAAGUGGAUUAGAAGGAUUGAGCUCCUUUUAAUAGGGGAGUAUGCAAUUAGGUCAGUUUUCUUCGCCUAGGCAAAAAAAAUGGAUUUUCGCUAUUUAUAGGGGUAUAUUCAGUUAGGGUCGGAUCCAUUCCGACAUGCAUUUGUCGGAAUGGAUCCGACAACCCCUAUUCAAUCUCAUCUCAAUUCGACUUUUAAAAAGUCGAAUUGAGAUGAGGGACCCAGAGGAGAGAGGGGGAGCCGCGGGGAGACCAGCGGGGACAGCCGCGGGCAGACGGAGGAGAGUAGCGCUGCAGGAGGAUAUCACACAGCCGCCAGACCUCACGGCAGUGUCCACCCGGCUCCAGCAAGCGUGACCUCACUUGCUGGAGCCAGGUGGGCGCUGCCGUGAGCGGCGCGGCUGUGAGACAUCCUGCUGUAGCACUGAUCUUCCCUGUAUGCCCGCGGCUGUCUCCCUGCGGCUCUCCCCCCCCCCCUCCCUCCCUGAGUCCCACGUCUCAGACAGACAUUUUUUUUAUGUUGGACUGAGAUGGUCGGAAACAGGGCAAAUCCUGUUGAAUUUGGCCCUGUUUCACUCAAAAGUACAUGAAUCGGCAGCUAUACCGCCAAUUCACGUACUAUUCGACAAGUCGAAUUCCACGACUUGCCGAAUAAAAACUGCUGGGACUGAAUAGGUCGAAUCACUAUUCGACCUUAAAAAGUCAAAAACUGACAUCUUUUCGACAGACGGCAGUUUUCGACCCUAAUUCAAUAUACCCCUUAGUGCGAAUGGGGAUUCACCCUAUUCAAUAGCACGGCCGUUUUUUUUUAACUAGGUGAAAAAUUAAUCAGGAAUGAAUAACAUGUGAAUCGGCGAAUCCACAUGUUUUCUCACCUGCGCAGGCGAAAACGUGGGACAUUUUCACCGAUUUUGAUGCAUUUUUCGCAAAUGCCUAAAUGCACAAAAAAAAGUGAGAAGGCACUGGCGAAAAUGCCUUAAAACAGGUGAAAAUGGGCCGUAAUUGAAUAGAUGGGGCAAAAUCAAUAGCUCUGAGAUUACCGGAGCAAUUUGCAUACCCUCUUAGCAUCAUUGAUUAAAACCAGAGCACAAUGCUUUAAUAUCACCAUAGAAAGUUUAGGUAGUGAAAUACAAAUCACUCCUUACCUGCAUCUGUUGACCACCCCUGUGCACCUUUGGUGCUGUGGUAUAUAAAAAAUGUAAAAUGGCUACUUAUUGCACAAUGUGUUUGGGGAAUUAUGCUAUAAUUGUUGUAAAUUGCCUUUAUUAGCCUUUUUUAUGUUUACUACUGACAUUUGCAUGCAUUGCAGAGCAUGUAACUUUCAAAGUUGGCCUUUGAGUGUUGGUAUUUUUGGAUCUUUCUGUAUGUUAAUGUGACUACAAUACAUCAACACACUCACCACACACAUAACACAUACAGUGGUCACAGACCCUUCCUCUCCUCUCUGUCUCCCUCCCUCACUCUUUCUCUCCCAUAUUACCUCAGGAUUGUGGUGUAGCUUCCCAACAACACAAUGAUCUUAAUGUACAAAACCAUAUGUGACUACUAAAGACAGGUCUCAUAGAAGAGUUAAAACGGUAGUCCUGUGGUCUUCCUAUCAUAUGGCUUGCAGCUGCUUCUGAGUCAGGGUUAAUAAAAUUAAAACUUAAAUUGCUCACACAACACUGCUUUCAGUGCGUGUGUCUCUCCAGCUAUGUGGCCCUAUAAAAUUAACUUGGCAGGGAAUAAUCUGAAUGUGUUUGGUUGUAGCAGCCACACAGUCCCUGUAUUUCUCGACAAAAGUCUCAUAUAAUUAUCCUUUAUAUGGCACCACAAGGUGUCCUCGGCGCCGUACAAAGUACAGAAACAAAAUGAACAAAACAAGAAAAAAUUUACUUGUUACAGAACAUUGCAGGAUAUUGAUGUGAUUAAUACACCUCAUCAGUGUUUCUAAUAAGCAGCAGGGUGGUAGAACCCAAGGGUUAGGUGCAGUAGGUAUGGGAGUAGAUGAUAAUGUAAGUGUGAGAUCAAAAAUCACAUGAGGGAAGACAGCCAUGCUUUUUAAAACCUAUAUUCUGAAGGGGGAAGGGGGCAGACAGAGAUGAGACAGUGAGAAGUGGGUUAGGAUGAGAGCUGGAAGGCUUUGAUAAAGAAGUGGGUCUUGUCAGUGCAUCUGAAGUUUUGUAGAGAGGUGGAGUCUGAUAGGCAGAUGGAGAGCGUUCCAAAGGUAGGGCGCUACAUGGGCAAAAUCCUGGAGGCAGGAGUGGGAGGAAGUAAUAAGUUGAUAAGAGAGGUAGCAUUCGUUUGUGGAGCAAAGUGGCAAUGUGAAAGAAGAUUAGAUCAGAGAUAGAAAUAGAAGAGGAUAGGUGGAGUGCUUUGUGAGUGUGAGAAGCUUGAAGUGUGUUUAGAAGGAGAGGAAGAUGAGCUGGGCAUCAGCAUGGAGGACAGAGUGGAGAGGUGUGGGAGUCUGGGAGGCUAGAUAAGAGGAGGUUACAGUAGUCCAAUCUGGAGAGUUGAUCAGGGUCUUGGUUGUUUCCAGGGUGAGAAAGUGUUUGAUCAUGGACAUGUUCCUGAGGGAAACGGCAGGAUUGUGAAAGAUACUGAAUGUGUGGUUUUAAGGAGAGGGAAGAGUCUUUGAUAAUGCCAAGACAGUGCAAUUGCAUGCUGUUACUAUUAGAAUUAUUCCAUAGUCGCAAGUGCAUAAACUGAAAGCAUUCACAUUAAAUCUACAUGCAAAAUAUAUCUAAACUAGAUUCAUACUGUCUUGUCCAUAGCUGUGAGUCGUCAAAAUAUCUCUCGCCAUUGUUGUGUGCGAGUUAACACAUGAUUUUAUUUUAUUACUCAGAACACUUGUUGGCAGAUUCAAUUAAAUAUGAGAUGUGCUAGGUCUGCCCAUAUGCAUACAAUGAAUAAUAGUAAAUCAUCAUACAUUUUAAACUGGGUGUUACUAGAAUCUCUUAAGGUAGGAGGUAGUGUGUUCUGCGCAUAUUGUAACAGAGCUGCAAUCCUCGGCGUGGCAAUGUGCCAUGCAGAACAGUUUUAUGUGGCGCGUGGAGGGUUUAGAAGGUUUGUCAGCUAGGAUCAAUAUGAUACUUCAAGAUUUAAAUGUAGGCCUCUAAUAUUCUAAUCAAAUGAGCAUUUUGUUUAUUCAGUUACAGAAAGCAAACAAUACCUAUAAGCUUGGUCGGUGUGUUGGUUUAUGCCAUUUGCCACUAACUCUUUGACACUACUCCUCUACUUCCCCCACUUUUAUAUUUGUGUGGUGUGAAAUGUAAAAAAAUUCUAUCAUUAAAAAUAUGCUAUGUUUA